GCCUGGUUGUGGGAUUUUUUUUUUUCAUUUUUAAGACAGAUCCAGAUACAGCUGUCGAGUAAAAUGCCGCCUCCCCAGCAAAUCCCAAGCCUCAGACCUUUCAAGCAGAGGAAGAGCUUAGCAACCAGGCAAGAGGAAGUGGCUGGAAUCCGGGCAAAAUUCCCAAACAAGAUCCCGGUGAUAGUGGAGCGCUGCCCCAGGGAGAAGUUCCUGCCCCUGCUGGACAAAACCAAGUUUCUGGUCCCACAGGAGCUGACCAUGACCCAGUUCCUCGGCAUCAUCCGGAGCCGCAUGGUCCUGAGGGCCACUGAAGCCUUUUACUUGCUGGUGAACAACAAGAGCCUGGCCAGCCUCAGUGUGACCAUGGCAGAGAUCUACAGGGACUACAAGGACGAGGACGGCUUUGUGUACAUGACCUACGCCUCCCAGGAGAUGUUUGGCUGCUUGGGGUCAGCAGGCCCUUUGGGGACAGAACCUGCAAUCGGCUCCAGUCAGGAAGGGCUUGUCCUCUGA